ACAUCACACGUAGAGAAACACGUGAUCAAAGUCCUUUGUCAUCCGCCCCAGCUGUGAAAGGUCACUAACUUUUCACUCGAUUAGUAGCGAGUGGGAAGCAAACAAGCAGCCUCGUUUCCCUGGCAAAAAUGCGCGUGUGCAGUGGAAGUACUAUCCAUCGAAAAGAUAGCAAGUGGUCGUGGCUUGUUUGUCUUAGUGCGACUUUAUCUAACACCUUACACAUGGGAAUUGCCAACAGUUUUGCAGUGGUAAUGCCUGUUCUUUUGGAGCGAUUUAAUGAGUCCAAAGGACGCGGAGGAUGGCUUGGCUCAAUUGCUGUCACUAUGACAUUCCUACCAACUCCGCUGGCCGGCAUAGUGUGCGGGCGGCUUGGCUGUCGGCUUACCUCAAUGAUGGGUGCCGUGACAUGCGCACUGGGUCUUGUGCUGACGUCAUUUUGUGAAAGCCUAUUGCUGAUGUACUUGACAUACGGGUUCUUGUUCGGGCUUGGAGCUUGUUUUAUCCACACUGGAUGUGUAUUUGCCGUCACAAUGUACUUCAAUAAAAGAAGGUCUCUCGCGACUGGCAUUAUGGGAGCUUCACAAAGCCUCGGUAUCAUCACACUCGCCCCAGUCCUACAAGAACUGCUCCACAGCCUCGGUUGGCGGAACACGUACCGCAUCCUUGGCGCCCUUUUUAGCCUCGCUCUCAUCGCCGCGUUCUCAUUCGAUCCGAAUGUAGAGGACAGCGAGAAGACGGUCAUGAAAAGCCACAGGGUGACCAACGAAAACAACGGUAUGACUGAUAACCACAGGGUGACCGACAACAAGUUAGCUGAUAGCAAUAAGGUCACCAAGCAAGAAGUUGACAAGGAAAAGCCAAAGUUUUCGUGUGAGAUGUUCAAGCGGCCGGCAUACAUCCUAGCGCUCGUCUGCGUGCUGCUUGGCUGCUUUGGCGGACUCGUCACAUUUGUGCAUCUAGUCAAGCACUGUGAGGAGAUGGGUGUGGCCGCACCACAGGCAGCCAAUCUCUUCAUCUUCAUUGGCAUUAGCUCCCUGAUUUCUUCCGUCGUUUCCGGUCGGGUGCUGGACUUCCGGCGGAUGUCACCGUUCUACGUCAAUCAGUUUGCGAACACGGUACUUGCAUCCAGUCUCCUGCUCCUACCGCAAGCGCGCGUCUACUGGCAUUUCGUUCUCUUUGCUGUGUUUUUCGGCCUCGGCUUUGGAUCGUUCAUCACCACCAUCUAUUUGCUGUUGUUGAACACGGUCGAACCACGUCUCCGGUUGUACUCAUUUCCAGUGGGCGAGGCGAUCAUAUCCGCGGGUACCCUGGGAGGAGCCCCUCUUGCAGGUUUUAUCGCUGAUGUUACUGGGUCGUAUGAGCCUGCGUUUUAUACGUUCGGCGGUAUUCUCGCAUUUGCCGCGCUACUGGCGUUCCCAGUCUACUUUUUUGGCCUUCACAACGUCAACAGGGAUCCUGCAUCUACCGUGGAAGGUUUACACGAAGUCGAGGUAAACAAGGCACUCGAACUGGAACGUGAAAAGAACGGAAUUGGGAAUAAAGCAACAGAAGAAGAUAGUAGUGAUGAUAACAAGAACGGCAACAUAACAGAAACAUGGGCAGAGAUAGAAUUGACAAGUACAAAUUGUCAAUCCGUAGAAAACGAUGGGAAUGAUAAUGUCGCGUUUGAUAUCUCAGAGGAAUCCACCAAACUGUAAGCACACAUGUCCCGUCAUGCAUCCUCACACAAAAAAUGGACAAAGGCAUGGGUACAGCAGCCAUGCUAAUUUGACCAAUCACAAGCGUAGCGAGAGAAUUGGCGACUUGGCUUAUAAGGCGCUACGCCGCUGCUCAUAUUCGGUGCCGCUAUACACGCUCUUGGCGGUGAUGUUUUGGUUACGCACGACCCAACGAAACUCUUAAAGUUUCCCUUAACAGGCUAGUGGCCAGAUUGUCGAGUGUGUUGUUCAGAUACUGCAUUCCAAAAGCCUAAGAUGUGGCGAUCUUUCAGAACAAGAAUACCUCUCUAGUAUCCUCCUCUGCUCUUCCGCUAAAGUCCAGCUUGUCUAAUCGCUAGUUUAGGGAGGCGUGCUAUGGAUUUUUCUAGAACAUAUUUAUAUCAUUAUUCUAGCCUUGAUCCGGAUAUUGGCGUAUUCAAGAGACACUGUAUGGAAUAGAGACAACAGACAAACUACUAGAAAUGAAUGGCAUAAUUUAAUCAUUGUUGAAACACCAUAAUUUUAAUGUAAACCUUAUAAUGAAAAUAAAGAACUCUUAUCCCUA